UCACCAAUAAAGAGACGUCGGGGAUUGAAGCCAUUAAUUGAGGUGGGUCAUUAUUCACCAGAAUGAUGGUAAUGUAACCCUAGCACAUCUCUGGACUGGAUUUACAAGGACUCUAUUAUGCUUAAAAAAACAUGUAUUCCAGAAAAAAGGGGCGGAGAACCCGGAAGAUGUCGCACUCGCUACAUAGUCAUGGCAAUAGCCACCUGUCACUAGUUCCUGGAUUUCUGCUGACGUCAUCAGCCGCUUUCUGAGCGCAAUAUGGUGGUGCUGGCAGUGCUGUAGGUAUCAGCCAUGUCUGCCGACGAAAUGUCCCUGUCUGAUGGGGAGCCAUUCACUCGGGAGCGCUGGGCUCCUGUGGGGGCAGUGGCUGAGGACACAGACGAGCAGGGCUCGAAGCGAAGAUUUUCCUCCAAUGCUGACGAAGGGCUCUCCGGCUCUCCGGUCCGUGUCCGCUCCGGCUCUGUGUCGGGAGAGCUGGUGGAGAAGCUGAGGAAGCUGGAGGAAGAGCAGGAUCUGCUGAACUCGUCGCUGCUGGCGCUAACCUCGCACUUCGCUCAGGUGCAAUUCCGACUGAAGCAGAUCGUGCGCGCUGAGGGAGGCGAGAAGGAGACGCUUCUGGCAGAGCUGGAGGACUUUGCCUUCAAAGGCAGCCCGCACGUACUGGGCACUCGUAAGCUGGAAGAGCAGGUGCUGGACGACUCUAAAUUGAGUGAGUGGGAGAAGAGGGAGCGCAUUGAGGCCCAAAGGCAAAAGCAGCGAGAGUUAAUUGUCCAGCUAAAGACUCAGCUGGAUGACUUGGAGACGUUUGCAUACCAGGAGGGCAGCUAUGAUUCUCUUCCACAGUCCAUGGUCAUGGAGAAACAGCGGGUGAUAAUAGAUGAGUUAAUUAAGAAAUUGGACGUUAACUUCCACGAGGACAUUACGUGCCUGUCUCCAGAAGAGCUACGGCAGAGGGUGGAUGCUGCUAUUGCUCAGAUAGUCAAUCCAGCUCGGGUGAAAGAACAGCUGGUGGAACAGCUUAAAACACAGAUACGAGACUUGGAGAUGUUUAUACAAUUUAUUCAAGAUGAAGUUGGCAGCCCUGUGGAUUGUUCAGCGAGUGGAACUGAAGGAUAUUCUCCAAAUACCAAAACUAAUCCUCGAAACAAAAUGACACCAGAGCAAGCACGUCAGAUGAGACAAACAAGACUGCACCUUUUGCGUCGAGCAUUAGCGGUCCUUCAGAUGUUUGCAGUUAGUCAGUUUGGGUGCGGCACAGGGGCUGUACCAGCUAACUUAUGGAAGCAAGAUGAGAGCAACAGAGACUUCUCUCCACUAAUAAAGAAACUUGAGGAAUCAGUGGAAAAAGUGAGGCAAUUGGCUCAAAGGAAUCAAACUUAUGAACAUGUGAUUAGCUACUCCAGCACAAAGGAGCUCUCAAUGGGUGGGAAAGAUGAAUUGACAAUGGCAGUGAGAAAAGAGUUAGCAGUUGCUAUAAGAGAUUUGUUGUCCCAUGGCCUGUAUGCCACAUCUCAGGGAAUGAGCCUGGUGUUGGCACCAAUCGCCUGUUUGAUCCCAGUCUUCAGCACCUCACCACCCACAAUGCACCCUUGGGAACUCUUUGUGAAAUACUACAAUGAGCAGAAUGGAAAAGCCUUUGUGGAGUCACCAGCUAGAAAACUCUCUCAGUCCUUCUCUUUGCCAGUUUCGGGAAACAGUAAGGUCACACCCAAGCAAAGCCUCCUCACAGCCAUUCAUACUGUCCUAACAGAACAUGACCCUUUUAAGCGUGGUGCCGACUCAGAGUUUAAAGCACUGAUAUGCAUGGCACUAAAUGAGCAACGCUUGGUCUCCUGGCUUAACCUCCUGUGCAAAUCAGGAGUCUUAAUUCAAACACACUACCAACCGUGGAGUUACAUGGCUAGCAGUGGCUUUGAGAGUGCACUGAACAUCCUCAGCCGUCUUAGUACUCUAAAGUUUAGCCUCCCGGUUGACCUUGCUGUUCGUCAGCUCAAGAACAUCAAAGAUGCAUUCUGAACCUGUCACAUUCUGAUAUGCACAUAUUCUUUUGCCUGUAAAAUAUUCUUUUGUGCCAGUUUAUAGCUGCUUUCCUACCAAAUGCUGCUGAUUCAGAACAUGCCUGGUUUAGUUUUGAGGUUGUCCUAGUAUAUCCUGACGUCAUACACUGAUUCAGAUUUAGU